AAAAGAGAAAAUUCCCCCUAAUGAAUUCAAAUUUAAUCGUCUAUCCUAGAAAUCUCCAAGAUCAGGUCAGGCCGGCGCCAAAAGUUUGUGCUCGCUCUCUCUCUCUGCUUUUACUCCUCUGGACUGUACAUACAUUCCUCCGAUCUCAUCAAAGAACAGAAGAACGACGGAAGACCACCACCAGUGCCACCUACCCAACUGAAAUGGGCAGCUUGAAACUGUAACUUGCUGGCAGAUCUGAAGAUCGGCGAAUUGACAGCAGAAGAUGGGUAGUGGGGCCCGACUAUGCGCAUUGUUGGGGGAGUUGGGUUACCAAGGGCACGAGUUAUUGGACCCUGACAGCUUCGAAUGGCCUUUCCAAUACGACGACGUCCGACCCAUUCUCGAUUGGCUCUGCUCUAGCCUUCGCCCCUCCAACGUCCUCUCCCCCUCUGAAGUUUCCCAGUAUGAACAGUUCGUACAAGAAGGAAAGCUUUUGGAGGGGGAGGACCUAGAUUUUGCUUAUGAUAGCAUUUCAGCCUUUUCAACUAGGAGAGACAAUCAGGAAGCAGUCUUUGGAUCAGAGGAAGGACUCAAGGAAAUAAGGGACGCUACUGCAUCACUGAAGACUGAAGCUUUGGAGUUGCAAAAACAGCUCAGACGCCUUCAGUCUCAAUACGAUAUGCUGUCUGGGCAGGCAUCAGCAUUAAGUCAAGGAAGAAGGGCACGAGUUGCAGCAACAUCUGUUGUCAAUGGACAACUGACAUCUCUAGAGGAUAGUCUUUCAGCUAGGAAUUUAGAGAUGAAUGCUGUUCUCGGGAAGAUGGCCUCAACAGCUCAAGAAUUGGCUCAUUAUCAUUCAGGAGAUGAGGAUGGUAUCUACUUAGCUUACUCUGACUUUCAUCAGUAUUUGCUUGUGGAUUCUUCUUGUAUGAAGGAGCUAAACCAGUGGUUUUCAAAGCAACUGGAUACGGGUCCAUACAGGUUAGUGUCGGAGGAAGGCAAGUCUAAAUGUUCAUGGGUGAGUUUGGAUGAAAUCUCAAAUGUCUUAGUACGAGAUUUAGAAAAAUCACAUCAUCAGCGUGUUUCUGAGUUGCAACGCUUGCGCUCCAUUUUUGGAACAAGUGAAAGGCAAUGGGUAGAAGCUCAGGUUGAGUAUGCAAAACAACAAGCCAUUCUCAUGGCCCUUAAAGGGCAAGUUACAUCAGACGAAGCUCACAUUCAUCUUGAUCUUCAUUCCCUGAGGAGAAAGCAUGCUGAAUUGGUAGGAGAACUUUCAACUCUGUACCGGAAAGAGGAGAAAUUGUCAUCUGAGACUGUACCUGAUCUUUGUUGGGAGUUAGCUCAGCUUCAAGACACUUAUAUAUUGCAAGGUGAUUAUGAUUUAAAGGUCAUGCGCCAAGAAUUCUACAUAAAUCGACAAAAAACGUUCAUAAAUUAUUUAGUCAAUCAGCUAGCAAGACAUCAGUUCCUAAAAGUAGCGUGUCAACUGGAGAAGAAGACCAUGCUUGGUGCAUAUUCAUUACUCAAAGUUGUUGAGUCAGAACUGCAGGGAUACCUUUCUGCAGCCAAAGGACGAGUGGGUCGUUGUAUGGCAUUAAUUCAAGCUUCAUCAGAGGUACAAGAACAAGGAGCUGUGGAUGAUCGAGAUACUUUUUUGCAUGGUGUCAGAGACCUUUUAAGUAUCUACUCAAAUGCUCAAGCUGGUUUAUCAACAUAUGUCUCGGCACCAGGCAUUGUUCAGCAAAUAUCGAGCCUUCAAUCAGAUCUGAUGAGCCUGCAAUCUGAGUUGGAGCAUGCCCUCCCAGAUGACCGAAAUAGGUGUAUCAAUGAGCUGUGCACUCUUGUCCAAAGCUUGCAGCAAUUAUUAUUUGCAUCUUCUACAACUGCCCAACCAAUAUUGACACCUCGGACAUUAAUGAAGGAGCUUGAUGAAAUGGAAAAGGCAAAUGCAGAGCUUGCAGCUGCUGUUGAAGAAGUAUCAUUAGAGCAUAACAAGAAGAAGGAGAUUGUAAAACAUCAUUCACAAGAGCUGGCGCUCCAGAGGCGUGUAUUUGUAGAUUUCUUCUGCAACCCUGACCGUUUGAGGAGCCAAGUCAGAGAGCUGACGGCAAGAGUCAGGGCUCUGCAAGCAUCAUAAUUUCCAGUUUAUAGUGUUGUUUGUAAUUGCCUAUAGACGGUUCUGUGUUAUCAUCGCCAAUACAUAGAAUUGAUUGUCCAAGUUUGUCCAUCGCUUCAUCGGGAAGUAGAAGAUGGGUUUUGGUCUAUUAUCAGCGUUCUUUUUUGUUCUUGGCAUAGAAACAAGCUGUACAGGCUUCAUUGUAUACAUGACAAUGGCAAAGAUAAGCUCUGUGCUUUUGCGUUUCAGCCCCCA